CAAGAAAGACGACAAGAAGAAAGACGAGCCUCCAAAGGAGGUGUGGAUCUUGGACCCUGCCACUGACACUUACUACUACUGGCUGAGCACAAUUUCCAUCCCAGUGUUCUACAACUUGAUGUUGCUGGUGACAAGGUCUUGUUUCAAUGAACUGCAGUACACAAACACAACAACAUGGAUGGUUCUUGACUACAUCUCAGAUGCCCUUUAUUAUGUAGACACCUUCGUGAGGGCCAGGACAGGUUUUCUGGAGCAAGGACUGCUUGUGAAAGAUGCAAAGGUCCUGAAAGAAAACUACAUGAAGACAACACAGUUCAAAUUAGACAUAAUAUCAAUGAUUCCCACUGAUAUUGUCUUCCUCAAAAUUGGUAUCGACAACCCAGAGUGGAGGUUCAACCGUCUCUUCAAACUGGGCCGCCUCUUUGAGUUUUUUGACCGAACCGAAACUCGGACGAACUUCCCCAACAUCUUCCGAAUCGCUAACCUUGUGCUUUAUAUCAUCAUCAUCAUCCACUGGAAUGCUUGCCUCUAUUUCGCCGUCUCCAAAGUCCUUGGCUUCGGCUCGGAUACCUGGGUGUAUCCAGACAUUAGGGACCCUGUGAACGGACGCCUGGCCAGACAGUAUAUCUAUUGCUUUUACUGGUCCACACUCACACUGACCACCAUUGGAGAGACACCACCCCCCAUCCAAGAUGUCGAAUACCUGUUUGUGGUUUGUGACUUCCUCACUGGCGUCCUGAUCUUUGCUACCAUCGUGGGAAACGUCGGUGCUAUGAUCUCCAACAUGAAUGCUGCUCGUGCAGAGUUCCAGGCCAAGAUUGACUCCAUCAAGCAGUACAUGCAGUUUCGUAAAGUCACCAAAGACCUGGAGGUGAGGGUGGUGAAGUGGUUUGACUACCUCUGGACAGAGGAAAAAACAUGCGAUGAGAAACAGGUGCUGAGGAACCUGCCGGACAAGCUGAAGGCUGAGAUCGCCAUCAAUGUCCAUCUGGAGACAUUGAGCAAAGUACGCAUCUUUCAGGACUGUGAGGCAGGUUUGCUUGUUGAGCUGGUCCUAAAGCUUCAGCCGCAGGUCUUCAGUCCUGGUGACUACAUCUGUAAGAAGGGUGACAUUGGCAGGGAAAUGUAUAUCAUCAAAGAAGGAAAGCUGGCUGUGGUAGCAGACGAUGGGGUCACCCAGUUUGUCGUCCUCAGCGAUGGGGCAUACUUUGGGGAAAUCAGCAUCCUCGGUAUCAAGGGCAGUAAGGCGGGCAACCGAAGAACCGCCAAUAUCCGAAGUGUUGGCUACUCUGAUCUCUUCGCCCUGUCCAAGGAUGAUCUAAUGGAGGCACUAAUUGAGUACCCUGAUGCUAAAAAGGCCCUGGAGGAGAAGGGAAGGGCGAUCCUGAUGAAAGACAAUCUCAUAGACGAGUCAGCCGCCAACGCUAGCUCUGAUGCCAAAGACAUGGAGGUUAAGGUCGAUCAGUUGCAAGCGAACUUAGACGUCAUGUUGCUCAAACUCAGCAAGGUGACAGAACAAUAUGAAUCCCACCAACGUAAAAUCAAGCAGCGCCUCAGCAAUAUGGAGAAUCAGGUCCGAACCCUCAGAGUGGAUGGCUGAUCUGGGGUGUUGCAGGAUGAUGUUUGAAAUAGUCUGGCAGUAUUACUCUAGCAGGUGAUGCUCCAUAGCUCAACGGGUAGAUUAUGGCACCAGCACCACCAGGGGAAGGGACCCUUCCUUCUGAGGCCAACCCUGGUACUAUGAGGUGCUUUGGGUACCAGUGUGACCCAAACGGCAUCUGACCGACAGCUGGACAGACAAGGACAUUGGGGUGUUUCUCCCAGUCAUCAUCCCUUAUAUAUAACAUAGUAUGGUAGCCUUGAGAGGUGACUAUCUGCAUACACAUCUAUGCACUGUGGUAGGUGUAACAGCAUCCGGCAAUGCUGCAUUACUGCCAAUAUUUAUGUAAAGGAGUCUUGAGGAAAUUUAGAUUUGGAAAUUAUUUUAAGCUAAACCAAGAACUGGACUUUGUUUUUUUCUAAACACAGUUGCCAAGGUCUGAUGUCAGCUGCAAUUUUUUGACAAUUUGCAAGAUGGAAUUCACUAUUAAUCCAUUUUCCUCCCAUUCAUCAAUAUAGUGAAUGCAUUUGAUGGCCACAAUUGUAAUGUAAUUUAUUGUCUUCUAGUGCAGCAUUUGCAGCAUCAUAUGAUCAUCUUUUCAAAUGCAAUGUGUUUUUGGGAUUUCUUAAAAGAGUAGUCUGAUUUCGUCAAGCACCGCUGUCAAAAAGUUAAGAUAUUGUUUGCAGUU